ACUGGCUACAUAAAUCCACAACUUCCCACGACUUUCCUGCGAAAAGUUCAUUUUUGUUUUCUAGCUUUUAUCAAUUGCUGGAUGGGAUAGAGAACAGAUGAUUUUGCCCAGUUUUGACAUGUCUACAUCAGAAUAGCAGGAAAAUGUUGCAGCUUUUACUCUUGAAACUGGUCUGCGUGUCCAAAGCACUAGCAAACUUACUUUUGACACUCAAAACUCUCCUAUAUAAACCCCACUCUUGGAUACUCUACCAAACCGUCAAAUUUUUAUUUUACCUGCUUAUCCUUCUACUCAUAUUUUGGUACUAUUUUGAGCCUUUUUUGAGGCAUUUUUUGGUUGAGGUUUUGGGAUGGAAAAAAAGGAUAGCUCAAGUUCAUUUACGAUUGGCAAUAGAACGCAAGACAGAAGCUGGUCAUGCGUGCCAGAUUGUUAUGUAAUUCCAUCUUCAAAUCGUCCGAGUUUGGCUCCAGAGACUGCCAAUGUGCCUGUUAUUGAUUUUUCUAGGUUGAGGCAGGAUGCUACACAAAGGGCUAAUGCCAUUAAAGAAAUUGGAAAUGCUUGUCACCAAGUGGGAUUCUUUCAAAUUGUCAAUCAUGGAAUUUGCCAAUCAAUAUUGGAUGGAGCACUUUCUGUGGCGUCGGAUUUUUUCAAAUUACCUACCGAAGAGAAGGUGAAGUUCGUGUCCAAUGAUGUAAGGAAGCCAGUAAGGUAUGGGACGAGCCUCAAAGAUGGAGAUGACAAAUUCCAGUUUUGGAGGGUUUUCCUCAAGCAUUAUGCACAUCCUUUAUCUGACUGCAUUCAUCUAUGGCCAAAAAAUCCACCUCAUUACAGGGAAAACAUGGGAAAAUAUUGCAAAGAAGUUAGGAAACUAGCCUUGGAGGUAAUGGGAGCCAUCAAUGAGAGCCUUGGGCUGGGUCCAAGUUACUUGAGCAACCAGAUGGAGGAUGGAAUGCAAGUCAUGGCAGUUAAUUGCUACCCUCCAUGCCCAAACCCUGAACUCGCGCUAGGAUUGCCGCCGCAUUCGGACUACACUUGCUUAAGCAUUGUCCUCCAGAACUCGGCCGGCCUUGAAGUCAUCGAUAAAAGAGAUGGCAAGUGGAAGCUAAUCCCGGACGUUCAUGGUGCUCUUCAGGUCCACAUAGGGGACCAUCUUGAGGUACUAAGCAAUGGCUUGUACGAAAGUGUUGUGCAUAGGGCCAUACUGAAUUCUGAAAGGAUUAGAAUCUCAAUCGCUAGCCUACAUAGUAUGGGUAUGGAUGAGAAAAUGGGGACUGCAGAGGAGCUUGUGGAUGAUCAACAUCCUAAGAAAUAUAAAGACAGCAGCUUCAGAGAUUUCCUGGAUUUUCUAUGCAAGAAUGACAUCGCAGAAGGAAAGAACUUCAUCGAUACACUAAAGAUCAAGGCCUAGAUGCAACUUCUCUCUCUACAAUGUGUUCUUUUUUUUUCACCUAUACAGGGUUGAAACAAGGUAGCAGAUGAAAUAGCUAUACUUGACUUGUUGUCAGGAUUAUGUAUUAGGUCUUGGUGAUCAUAGUUUAUUUUAGCAGUUUGGUUCUUUUGGUUUAGAGCCAACCGUGCUGGUUUGGUCUUCUGCCCUUUCUCCAUGUUUCUCUGCUAUUACCCACCCAGGUCUAGUGGGUUUAUAGAGUUGGGGCUUUGGCCAUCUCUACUCUUAAUUUUCAUUAGAUGCUAGAUUAAGAUGAGAUGUGAAGACAAGUUUGGAUAGUUUUCUUAAAAAUAAAUGAUGACAUAAUUUGAUGA